AAGACAAUCCCCUUAUAACUGAACUUGCAAAACAAAAGUGGAAUGAAUUUAGAUUUCAUUUCCUCUCUGCUCUUUAGGAGGCAACCAGAAAACAGAAGCUGCUGCUGCUCCACCCAGACUCAUCAGGCAAGUUGAUCUGCAUUUGUGCCUGGCUGAUUCAGGGGCCCAAGGCUCUACCACCUCCUUUCCUUGGAAUCAGAAAACUCCCGGACAUGGUAGAAGUUAAAGUUGCAGCCUCACUGCUCGGUGUUUGUGGUAAAAUGUUAAUGUAAGGAGCUCACAGCCUGCAGGAGGAAAUGAGACCAUUCCUGCUUCUGUGAGUCAGGCAAUCUAAGGGAGCAGCACCACAUGUAAUUGCCAUUGGCACUGUGACUUCACAGCCCCUCCGUGCGCCAACCAAUCCAGAGCACGUGAUUAAUACACACAGACAGACACCUAGUUAUCACUCUGCCAGGCCCAGGCUCCUACCACACACAUCCCUCUCUGCCUUUCAGAAAGGACGAAGCAGCAGUGCCGGCAGCAGAACAGAGCAGAGCUGCAUUUUUCUGCAAUCCCUGUGCUUCUUUGGAAACUCAUAGUAUCGUUAGCUGGAAUAACAACUUGAAAGCACUCCAGAGAUCAUUAACUAAUUAGUUUGCGCAACACACCUGAAAGACACAGCAAUGGACAACUUUAACUUCUCACUUCCAGUUCUCACCAGAAAACAACAAGACAUUUUUCAGAAAGCUUUUGCUGCUGAUGCUGAUUACUUGGAAACAUCUGAGAAAAUGAACCAGUCCUUCUGGGAAUUGUUAAUAAAAUGUUUAGCCACUGUUAACCCAGCCAGCCUGACCACUGAAGAAAUGCAGAAUCUCCUUAACAGAGGCAUAAACUCAUCUGAUGAACGUGCAGCCUCCUUGAAGACCAUAGGAAAAAAAGGAGUUAAUGCAAUGGUUGUGCUUUAUCUGCUGCUAAAGGUGAAAGAUCUAUCUGCCUACAGAGAGUUGCCCAGCUCCAAGAAAAAUGAUGAAAAAUUGAAACUACUUCAGGAAUUGGAAAUAAGUUUCACAUUUUCACAAGACAGUGAGGUUGAAAGAUCAUCUCGGGAGCCUGCGGAGACACAACCACGAGCCACCAGUGCUGGCAAGAAAAAAGUCUCUGUGGCAACAGUGAAGCCAAUUUCUCACAACCAAAGUCAGGAAGACCAAGACCAUGAAAAUCAAGAUGGAAGUGGUGCACCGGGAGAGGUUGUCCCCGAUAAUGAAUCAGAGAUUGCAAGACGAGAAAAUGCAACUGCUGCUGCAGGUGAAAAGGUUACUUAUCUUCAGAGAUGUCAAAGACAGUGGAUAAGAAUACGGAAAAAUGAUGUGUUCUUUCAUUUUAUCAUUCUUUGCUUUGGCAUUGGAGCUGCACUAAUUAGCUAUUACCAAUACAAAGACUGGACCAUUUCUCUUGGUUUUGGCUUAAUCACCUUUGCUUCGCUAGAAACCACCGGAAUAUAUUUUGGUCUUGUGCAUCGAAUUCACAGUGUCCUUGAGGGUUUCAUUCCUCUGAUUCAGAGAUUCAAAAUACCAGGCAUUAGAAAAGUUGACUGAACAGAAGAUUCUGAGAGUUCAACAAGUCUCUGGUUUCUGGAUUGAUUGCACUAAUGUGAAUAAAUCUGUUUUAUGGUGGCCAUAAAAUCUAAUGGCUAUUAUACAAUAUUGAAGCGUUAACCAUAAAAUGUGUUAUUCUCUCCACUGGGGAAUAAAAACCAUGGUACAGUAGGUCUGUCCUUUCCUUUGACAUGUUUUGUGGCUCCGUGCAGCCAGUAAAAUAGGCUGGGUUUAGAUUUAUAAAUUGAUUUUAAGCUAUUCGGGUAAUACUGUACAUCAUGUUAUUUUCCCCAUCUAUAUAAUCAUGCCGGUUGCACUUGAGAAGUCUGAUCCAAAGACCACUGAUGUCAAGGAAUGACUUGCAUAGACUUCGCUGAGCUCUGGAUCAGGCUUUGGAAACCCUUGUGGGGUUCCUUUCCUCCCCCACAUUCUGGGUCAGGUUUACUUUUCAUGUUGCACCACCUAUACCUCCCAGCUAGCACCAGUGCUGAUUGGAGCUAUUCCCCUUUGGCUAGAGCCCUGCAUUAUGAGUGUUACCUGAGUAUGUGGACUAGUCAAGGCUGUUUUUCAAAGCACUGUGUUAGCACCUUUCUUCAAAGAGGCAACCUUGGCGCUCAGAAGCUCUGCUUUCUUCACACCUUGUGAACCCAUGAGCCAGGCAAACCUCACCUACUUGCUUGAACACCAGCAGUACAAUUACUUUGGAUUAGAUUAAUUUAUUGUAGCAGACCUUGAUAAACUGUGCUUAAAAUGUAAUGACUUGCAACGAAAGCCAGGUGAGAUGUUACAGUGUAUAGCAAAAUGCAGAAAUGUAUUAUUAGCAACAGCAAAUUUAAUUUCUCUUCCUGGGACAGCGGUUUGAAGAAAAAUAAAUGAGUGGUUCAAAAAAGAAUAAAUAAUGAACUGUAGAUUUAGAACGCCUGUCAUUUUAUAGGGUUUUUUUUGUUUGGCAAAUUUGCAGAACUAUAAACAGUAGAAAGUGCUAAAGAGAGACAGCAAAAAAAGUGGUUAAAAAACUAAAAUGUUAUAGUAUAUGAAGGCAUCAAAAAUGGAUGGGGAGGGAUAUGUACAAGAGAAAGAAACUGAAAAAAAGACAGAUCUUAAGUUAUUAACCCAACACUGCCUAUUUUAAGGGCAAAGGAACUAUAUUUUCAGUCUUGCUCAGCAGACUAGAGAAAAUAAAUUGUAAGCAUGUGUUUUUAACCACUCUUA